AUGCCUCUAUUGCUCCUGGGAGAGGCAGAGCCUCUUAAGUUGGAGCAGGCGGGCAGGAGCUCAGUGGGGACCUGGGCUGCUGCCAGCUCCGACCUGGCACUUACUGGCCCGCGUCACUGUCAGGAUUUGUCUAGCGACGCGUUCCCUAACGGGGGUGUGUUGGGGGGAGUCCUCUUUCCGACUUGCAAAAUGGUUAUCAAAGUGUUUGUUGCUACAUCUUCUGGGUCCAUAGCGAUUAGGAAGAAACAGCAAGAAGUCGUGGGCUUUUUAGAAGCUAAUAAAAUCGACUUUAAGGAAUUAGAUAUAGCUGGAGAUGAAGACAAUAGGAAGUGGAUGAGAGAGAAUGUUCCUGGAGAGAAAAAACCUCAAAAUGGGAUUCCUUUGCCACCCCAGAUCUUCAACGAAGAGCAGUAUUGUGGGGAUUUCGACUCUUUCUUCUCUGCAAAAGAAGAGAAUAUUAUUUAUUCGUUCCUUGGUUUGGCUCCCCCUCCAGGCUCAAAGGUGGAAAAGUCGCCCGAGGAAGCAUCUUCCCUUCCCAAUGGUGAUGGAGCAGGAGAGGCACAGAGCACUGCAGAGGGCACAGAGAAGGCUGAAGACAGUGGAGAGACUGAGGCACAGAAAGAGGGUGGGGAAGAUGCCGGCAACCUUCCUGGACCCCGGAAGCUAUGCAAGCACUUGGAGCGCGGUGUAAAGUGGCCCUGGCGCAUUGUAAUAGUAGAGUGUGACCACUGGGUGGGGACAAAGGACAAGCUUCUUGAUGUGGUGUCGCUGCCCCCCGAGGCCCCUGGCCACCUGUCCAAGUUUGGUCACACCGUGUUUUGUACUGUACGCGUGGCUGUGCCCAUCAUCGUGGAAGCCUUAUCUGCCUGUGACUCCACCGCCCACUUGUGUAGGGACGAUGCCGUGGCUGCGGAGCCGGGGACUGUGAUUUUGCCACCGGAUGGCCGGGAGCGUGUGCUCACCAACAGCUGGUCCAGCCCCAGUGACGUGCACACGAGGGCCAUCCUGGAAAAACCAAGGAGACGGUCACGGCAAGCAAGACUUCCAGGGGAAGCCCAUUUGCUCACUUUUAGUUCUCCUGUCUGGCCAGUGCAGGAAGAAGCGGUGGUCCGGAGACGGUCUGUAGAGGACCACCGCUUCAGCCUGCUGGUGUCUGUGACCAUGAAGCUGUUCCUGAAUGUCUGCUUCGCUAGAGCUGGGAAAUGUAGGCGGUGA